GAAAACAAUUACUUUUAAACAACAACAACAACAGAGCAAAGAAAAAUGGCAGCUUUUGCGACCAAACAGUCUCUGUUGUUGUUGUCGUCUCUUCUGCUCUUGAUCGGCGUAUCAACGGGUAGUUUCUACGACAACUUCGAUAUCACAUGGGGUGAUGGUCGUGCCAACAUUUUCGAGACUGGACAGCUCUUGACUUGCACUCUCGACAAGAUCUCCGGUUCUGGUUUUCAAUCGAAGAAAGAGUAUCUAUUCGGAAAGAUCGAUAUGAAGAUGAAACUUGUCGCCGGAAACUCAGCCGGAACAGUCACUGCCUACUACCUUUCCUCGAAAGGCAAGACAUGGGAUGAGAUCGAUUUCGAGUUCUUGGGCAAUGUUACCGGACAGCCUUAUGUUCUUCAUACAAAUGUGUUCACCGGAGGUGUAGGUAACCGUGAAAUGCAGUUCUAUCUCUGGUUCGAUCCCACUGCGGAUUUCCACACCUACACCGUCCUUUGGAACCCUCUCAACAUCAUCUUUCUAGUGGACGGAAUCCCAAUCAGGGUAUUCAAGAACAACGAGGCUCACGGUGUGGCUUACCCGAAGAGCCAGCCGAUGAAGAUAUACUCGAGUCUAUGGGAAGCUGAUGACUGGGCCACGCAGGGCGGUAAAGUCAAGACCGAUUGGACCAACGCUCCAUUCAGCGCUUCCUACAGGAGUUUCAACGACGUGGACUGCUGUAGCCGGACUUCACCAUGGAAUUGGGUAACGUGCAAUGCGAAUAAGAACUCGUGGAUGUGGACCACACUUAACUCCAAUCAGCUCGGACAGAUGAAGUGGGUGCAAGAUGAGUACAUGAUCUAUAACUAUUGUACUGAUUUCAAGCGGUUCCCUCAAGGCUUCCCCACGGAAUGCUACCUCGACUGAUCGUGUUACCGAGAAAAAUUCAAGAACUUGAUACAGUUUCUUUCUAAUUUUUUUACCUCAUGAUUUGUUGAUUUGAUUUGGACCAUUUGGUUAUUCUUUUGAGUUUCUAAAGAUUUGUUGCCCUCCGCAUUGGGUAAUUGAUACUUUAAUUUACGAUUACAUGUUGAAUUUUUCCAUUUUAUAAAAACUAUAAUAAAUUUUGAUUCGAACCUAAACAGACCAACGUCAC